CGUGGUGGUGGUGGUGGCGGCGCCGCUCGUGCCCGCGCUCGGUCCAGGUCGCGGUCCGCGGCGCGCGAGGGGGGCGCCGUUCCCAUGGCGACGCUGUACCGCGGGCUGCUGGGGGCCGCGGGCAUGGCCGGCUGCAUCGGGCUGGGGGUCGCGCUGUGGGCCGCGGCGGCGCCGGACGAGGCGCGCCUGAAGGAGAUGACCAAGAACUACCCUGAAGCCAACGUUCAAGUCUAUGAAGAGCGGCAACAGCAGAACGCUUUGGUGAUGGAAAUACUUAAAGAAGCUGCGGAGACGGAUGAAAACGUGGCUAGUAGAAAAUGGCCGUGGAGAAAGUAACAAAGAGCUCAGUGAACCUUUGGAUUGGCUCAGGAAUGAACCAAAUAGGAAACCAAAUACAGCGUUUGGGCAGACACUGUACUACUAUUAGGCAGUACUAUAGGGGAAUUUACUGUGUCUGUGAGAGAGAGAUCUCUCGGUUUUUUGUUGAGCCCAUGGGCUUCCUAGCUGCAAUGUCUAGCAUGCAUUUGUUUCAACAGUAAGCAACAUGGAGGUUUGUCUGUACUUACUCAAAGCCCGGAGUGGCAUCUACACUGCUGUAUACUAAAGAAAUAUUUGUCCUUACAAAGAACAAGGUGUGUGUAUGUGGGUCUGAGCAAAGAUGCCAAGGAGGGUGCAACAGUGAAAAAUGCCCUCUUAGGGCUUCCCACUGGGGUAUUUGGCUUGGCAAUUCUGGGAACUAGAUAUCGGUCCUCGGGGGUGGUGCUUUUGCUUUUUUAGUGGCAGGGUCCAGGGAAGGGACAUGGGCAACCAGAGACAAGACAGAGGCGCCAGGGCAACAGAAUCCAACUUUCCACAGCAAGGUUUCAGGGCAAGCAAGUCACAAUCACAGAGCAGGCCAGGCACAGGAAGCAGAAGGAUGUAUCAGGGCAGAAAAAAAGGCGGCUGUGAACAAGUCUGAGACAAAGAGGUGUGGGUACCUGAAGGCAGGAUAACUGGGCAGGAGACAGGAUGCACAGGAACCGGACAAGCCGAGCUGCACCACCGCCAGCAAGAAGACCCAUGUUGCUGAGGCAAUAAGGCAAGGCAGAUCCAGGAGGAGCAAACAGAGUGGAGGGCAGAGCUUGCUUCUACAGAGCUUCUCCCAGGAUCCCCAGCUGGUGCUCAUCAAGGGCUGAGUGCUCCAGCAGGGCCUGGGACUGAUCCUGCAAAUACUAGCCUGGGUUUCUGGUUCUCACUGCUCCAUGAAACCACAAAGCAUUCAGGUCCAUGCAUGUCCGAACAUGCAUGGACCUACAGCCUAUGGCUCUGUUCAGCUUCUCCAAUACACUGAGAGCAUAUUUUCUGCACUGUAACAUCACUGGCAGAUUCCAAUCUGCUCUGGGGAAGGUUACUGGAUUGCUGAAUUGUUUAAGUUUCCUUGUUCCGCCUUGUAAAUGUUCGUGGAUUCUCUGGAAAUGCUGUGUGUAUUCCUCUGUAAAGUCUUGUGUUGUGAACUGGUUCGGCAUAUAAAAGCAGUACAAAAACAA